GAGUACAAACUGCCAGCUGUACAACUCCACUUCACCAAAAUCAGGAAACACCACCGCCUUAUUAGAAACCGGAGACACCCAUUCUCCUUUACGCCAAGCUCCGUCCACCCUCCCUCCCAACUUUUCCGGCGAAAUCGCAGAAGAAGAGAACUGCGACGACGAGACCUUCGCCGUCGUCUUGAUAUUCAAGAAACCCUCUCUGAUUCUUCUUCUGCAAACAAUAUGAGUGGCGACGGGAAAAGCAGCGUGGUAUUCGGCGAUCCACAUAGUCAAUACCAUUACGGUACGUUUCAGGGUGUUGCGAACUAUUAUACUUCUCCUCCACAACCGCAACCGCAACCGCAGCCCCAAUCUGUCGUCGGUUUCCCUCAGCCGGUUGCGCCACCCGUUGUUUCUGGUCAUCAACCAUGCUACCAUGGUCAUUUGGGUUACCAAGCUGUUCCUGUUCAAGGUUAUGCUAUCCUUGAGGGAAGACCUUUUCAUGAAGCCCGUCUUCCUUGCUGUGGCAUUGGCAUGGGCUGGUUCUUGUUUAUGAUCGGCUUCUUUCUUGGUGGCAUUCCCUGGUAUGUUGGAGCUUUUAUUGUACUCUUUGUACGGGUCGAUUACCGAGAAAAGCCUGGAUAUGUUGCGUGUGCAAUUGCUUCAGUUCUUGCUGUCAUUGCUAUAACAUUUGGUAUCACCAACGGAGUUGAGCCCUGGUGAAGGAAACAUAUGAAGAACAGUUUGGUCUGGUCAAUACCGAUGUCACCCUCCCUCUGUAUCGAAAAAAACAACUGGUGGGAUACUGUAAUGAGCUUUUGAAAUUGUUAUUCUUUCAGUUUAUAUUUAUCAACUUAUUGGUUUCCUUUACCGUAAAUAUGUUGGAAACUUCCUGACUUGCCAAAAUUCGAAAUGAAAUGUUAAUAGAUUGAAGACAAAACUAUUAGCUUUA